GUGAUCCUCAGACCAGGGACCAUCACAUCAACAGCCCCCGCAUCUGUCCCCAGGUAUUUAACCCCCAACACAGAGCCUUGACGCCUGUCACUGAGACUCCAACUGAAACCCACAGGCUUGCAAUAUGCGUGGCUUUAAAGUUUGCCCAAACUUAGUGAUUCUCCUCUGGUUUGUAACUCUGUCUGUUGCAUUAGAGUUUGAGGAAGAAGAGGAAUUCGAGGAGGAGAUUCUGGAAACUUUUCCCAUUUAUGAAACGUUUGUAGAGUUUGAAGCUAAGACUCAGAACAUGCCUGCACCCUUUCACCGAUCCAACAAAGAUGCCUGGAGACUGCCAGGACAGUACAUCGUGAUGCUGAAGGAGAAUACUCACAAUUCCCAGACACAACGCACCAUCAACAGGCUCCGGACAAAAGCUGCCAAACAUGGCUACAUGACUGAGCUGGUUCAUGUUUUCCGGCACAUUUUCCAGGGUUUUGUCAUCAAGAUGAGCAGUGAUGUGUUGGACAUGGCUCUGAGAUUGCCUCACAUUGAAUAUAUCGAAGAGGAUUCCUUGGUGUUUGCACAAAGUAUCCCCUGGAACCUCCAUCGCAUUGUCCCAGCUGAGGAGAAGCGAGAACAGUACACUCCUCUAAAUAAUGGUGACCUGGUGGAGGUUUACUUACUUGAUACCAGCAUUCAGAGCAACCACCGAGAAAUUGAAGGCAAGGUUCUGGUCACAGAAUUUGAGAGCGUUCCAGAAGAGGAUGGCACUCGAUUCUACCGCCAGACUAGUAAAUGUGAUAGCCACGGGACGCACACUGCAGGGGUGGUGAGCGGUCGGGAUUCUGGAGUUGCAAAAGGAGCAAACGUCCGUAGUGUAAGAAUCCUCAAUUGUCAAGGCAAAGGGGUAACGAGUGGAGCUCUGGCUGGCUUAGAGUUCAUCAGAAACACUGUGAUUGUCCAGCCCUACCGUCCUAUGAUUGUAUUGCUGCCCUUCGCUGGGGGAUUCAGUCGCACACUGAACUCUGCAGCUAGAAUGCUGACACACACUGGGGUCACGUUGAUCGCAGCUGCCGGCAACUACAGGGAUGAUGCCUGCUCGUACUCACCCGCAUCAGAACCAGGGGUGAUCACCGUUGGUGCCAUCAAUUUUAAUAACCAGCCAACCCACCUGGGGACCAUGGGAAGCAACUUUGGCCGCUGUGUGGACCUCUUUGCUCCUGGCGAUGACAUUAUCAGCGCAUCCAGCGACUGCAUCACCUGCUUCACCUCCAAGAGCGGAACGUCCCAGGCAGCAGCUCACGUGGCAGGCAUUGCCGCAGUGAUAAUGAAUACUGAUCCCAAUAUCACUGCGUCCGCAUUGCGUCAGAGGCUAAUCCAAUAUUCUACAAAGAAUGCCAUCAGCGAUGUGUGGUUCCCAGAGGAGCAAAGACUCAUCACACCAAACAGGAUAGCAGGAUUGCCUUCCCUCGUGUUUACUGAGAACCAGCUUUUGUGCCGGACUGUGUGGUCCAAGCAAUCGGGACUUGCACGCUCCGCGAAGGCGGUAGCUCACUGCAGCGAGAACGAGGAGAUGUUCAGCUGCUCAAGUUUCUCUAGGAAUGGAAAGAGAAGGGGUGACCACAUAGAGGAGGAAAGAAGUGUGAAGAAAUGCGUGGCCCAUAACGCUUUUGGCAGUCAUGGAGUUUAUGCCAUCGCCCGGUGCUGUAGUUGGCCGACAGCAGAGUGCGUGGUUAAUGCCAGCUUACAGGCUGAUGAUGGCACCUCACUGAUGGCAGGCUGCCCACACAAGGAUUACACGCUGACUGGCUGCAGCUCACACUCUUUUGGACAGUUCAGUGACAGUGUGAGGCCUUUGCCAAACAAGCACUGUGCAGUGCAAACAGGGAUGGUCUCGCACGCUACCUGCUGCCACGUGCCAAGCAUAGAGUGUGAGGUGAAGGAACAAGGACCUAUGGGCUUCACAGGAAAGGUCAGCAUGUCAUGCGACGAAAGCUGGACAUUGACUGGCUGCAGUGCAUAUUCCCACGGCUCCCGCACUCACGGAGCAUAUGCUGUGGAUAACACAUGUGUGGUAACCUCCUCAGGAGAGGGGAAGGGUGCUGCGGCCGUUGCCAUUUGCUGUCGUAAUCGAACGAGGCAAUCGAAAGGCGCUUUCAAGCUCGCUGACAAAUGAAACCCAGUUGUGGGCCGACCGGUAACGCUUUCCCCUCUCAACCUCCACCCAAUGUUCUGUACCUCUCUCUCCCCCUAUUCUGAAAGCUGUGAUGUAAUUGGGAUGCGUGAACAGUGGCAAGGACAGCCGUCUGGUACCUUGUCCAAAAGACCAUGCUUGAUAAACUGUGACGGUUGGUAACCCAGACCAGACCACAGAGAAUAUAGGAAACAAACACGGUGGUUGUGCCCCGUUCAGCACUUUCUUGCAGGAGUGUCUGAAUAGCCCUCUUCUCAAUCCCUUGCCUAACUCCCCCCUCCCCUCCGGCUAUUUUGCCAAAUAUAAAAGUUAAUUUAAAAAAUACACAAAGGUUCACAGGUUAUCUUGUGAAGUGGCAAAUUCACAGAAGACCACGUUCUCUAUCGUUUUCGCCUCCCCAGAUUUGUAAAUAGCUCAUUCUUUUUGAGAAUGUAUUAUAUUAUGCAUUUUUGUACUGAAAAUUUU